CUGCUACACACUGUGUAGUGCACUACAUGUGGAAAAGGAAGAUAUUUAGGAUUUUGCUAAGGGCAACCUUCAUUUGUGACACGAGUGGCUCAGUUUGAAGUAACGCUUGUGUUUGAAUGUAUGGUGAUAUAUAGAUUAUUGAAAAAUGCUGCCGAAUUUUAGGAAAGUGUUAGUCUUCGGAAUACAGAGACAUAAUUCUCGACUUUUUUCUGCUUCCCAAACGAGUGCCAGAAAAGGUUUAGUUCUUGGUGUGUAUGAAAAGGAUAAAGACAACAGCAACGUGUUUCUCACUGAGGCAGCUGCUGCGUUUGACAGAUCCGUAUCAGGGAAACUCAGUGAGAUUCUGUCCGUAUCUGGACCUCCCUUAAAGAAGGGAAAGAGCCGGAUAUUCUACGGAUUACACCAGGACUUCCCGAGUGUAGCAGUAGUGGGUCUUGGCCAGAAAGGAGCAGGAGUGUGUGGGAAGGAGCACCGGGAUAACAACAAGGAGAACGUCCGAGCAGCCAUAGCAGCGGGCUGCAGGCAGCUUCAGGACCUGGAGAUUGCGCAUGUGGAGGUGGACCCGUGUGGAGACAGCCAGUCAGCAGCAGAGGGCGCCGUGCUCGGUUUGUUCGAGUACGACGAGCUUAAAAGCAAGAAGAAGACCCAGGUGACUCCACAGCUAUAUGGCAGUGGAGAUGAUAAAGCGUGGGAGAAGGGCGUUCUGUAUGGAGAGGGGCAGAACCUAGCCAGGAGAUUGAUGGAGGCUCCGGCCAAUCACGUUACGCCUACGGUUUUCGCCGACACCAUCGAGCAGAAGCUGUCUCCCUUCUCAGACAAAGUGACUGUCCAUAAAAGAGCCAAGUCGUGGAUCGAGAGCGAGCAGAUGGGAGCGUUUCUCAGUGUGUCCAAAGGCUCAGACGAGCCCCCUGUCUUCCUGGAGCUGCAUUACACCGGAAUCCCAGACUCUAAGCAGGCUCCUUUAGUGCUUGUAGGCAAAGGAGUCACUUUCGACAGUGGUGGAAUCUCGAUAAAACCCUCCUCUGGUAUGGACGCCAUGAGGGCGGAUAUGGGCGGAGCCGCAACGGUGUGUUCAGCCAUCGUCACAGCUGCCGCUCUGAAACUGCCAAUCAACAUCGUAGGUUUAACGCCUCUCUGUGAGAACAUGCCUAGUGGAAAAGCUAACAAACCAGGAGAUGUUGUGAAGGCGAAGAACGGCAAAACCAUCCAGGUCGAUAAUACUGAUGCUGAGGGUCGUCUGAUUUUGGCUGACGCCCUGUGCUACGCUCACAACUUCAAUCCCAGGGCUGUAGUCAACGCUGCUACUCUUACCGGCGCUAUGGAUGUAGCCUUGGGUUCUGCCGCUACGGGUGUUUUCACUAACUCUGACUGGCUUUGGGAACAGCUGCAUAAGGCGAGCGUGAUCACGGGCGAUCGGGUGUGGAGGAUGCCACUGUUUCAGCACUACACCAAACAAGUCACAGAAAGUGCUCUGGCAGACUUGAACAAUAUUGGGAAAUAUAGCCGCUCGGGUGGAGCGUGUACAGCCGCUGCGUUCCUGCGGGAGUUUGUAACAGCCAGCCAUUGGGCUCAUCUGGAUAUCGCCGGAGUGAUGUCCAAUAAGGACGAAGUUCCCUACCUGAGGAAGGGAAUGUCCGGGAGACCCACGCGGACGCUCGUUGAGUUUGCUGCUGCCUUGGCAUCUGAGUCUUAAAGGGAUCUGCGUGGGAUCUUUCACCUCUUGGACCACAGGAGUGAAAUGGGUUAAUAUUCAGAACGUCUUUUUUUUUUUUUUGGCCACAAAAAAAUUUUUGUUGCAGAUUAUCAAUCACUUGGGAGAACUUGAGACCUUGGUUUCUAGCAGUGUAUGAUGAUGAUGAUGAUGAUGAUGAUG